AUGGAUCCCACUCAACCCCCCAAGCUGGCCGAAGCCAGGUAUAUCAACUUCCCCAGUCUGCCCACCGACGCCAAACACCCUGAUGGCUCCCCCGCACUCAAUCGUCAUUCAUCGACCAUCACACGAGGCCAUGACUUCCCCGGUGCUCGAGCUAUGCUUUUCGCCGCAGGCGUCCCGGACAAGGAUGCCAUGGCCAAGAGCCCCCACGUUGGCGUUGCUUCCGUUUGGUGGGAGGGCAACCCAUGUAAUAUGCAUUUGAUGGACUUGGGAAAGACCGUCAAGAAGUCUGUGUCGGAGAGGGGUAUGAUUGGGUGGCAGUACAACACCAUUGGCGUGUCAGAUGCUAUUACUAUGGGUAGUGACGGUAUGAGAUUCUCCCUGCAGACCCGUGAAAUCAUUGCCGACAGCGUGGAGACCGUCACCUGCGCCCAAUACCACGACGCCUGUAUCGCGAUUCCCGGCUGCGACAAGAAUAUGCCGGGUGUCGUCAUGGGCAUGGCUCGUCACAACCGUCCAUCUAUCAUGAUCUACGGCGGGACCAUUGGUAUUGGAUAUUCAGACCACCUUCGCAAACCCGUCAACAUCUCCACCUGCUUCGAGGCUGCCGGCGCCUAUGCCUAUGAUACGCUCCGCCAGCCCGACGACGGCGGCGACACUAGCAAGACCCAGGAUGAGAUCAUGGAUGACCUCGAGAAACACGCCUGCCCCGGCGCCGGAGCAUGCGGCGGCAUGUUCACAGCCAACACCAUGGCCACAGCCAUCGAGUCAAUGGGUCUCUCUCUACCCGGCUCCUCCUCAACCCCAGCCGAAUCCCCAUCCAAGAUGCGCGAGUGCGUCCGGGCCGGAGACGCCAUCAAGGUCUGUCUCGAGAAGAACAUCAAACCGCGCGAUCUCCUCACAAAACGAUCCUUCGAGAACGCCCUCGUCAUGACCAUGGCACUGGGCGGCAGCACCAACGGCGUCCUACAUUUCCUCGCCAUGGCCCGCACAGCCGACGUCGACCUAACCCUCGACGAUUUCCAGCGCGUCAGCAACAAAAUCCCCUUCAUCGCCAAUCUCUCUCCAAGUGGAAAGUACUACAUGGCCGACCUUUACGAGAUCGGCGAAUCCUGGCCUUCCCUCCCAACAGAACAAACUCUCAUCCGACCCCUCACAGACCCCAUCAAGGAGACCGGCCACAUCCAAAUUCUCCGCGGCAACCUGGCACCGGGUGGUGCGGUUGCCAAAAUCACUGGUAAAGAGGGUCUCAGCUUCACAGGUAAAGCGCGCGUCUUCAAUAAGGAGCGCCAGCUCAAUGACGCUCUAAACGAGGGCAAGAUCCCACGCGGCGAGAACCUGGUUCUUAUCGUGCGGUAUGAGGGACCGAAGGGUGGACCCGGUAUGCCGGAGCAAUUGAAGGCCAGUGCCGCACUGAUGGGGGCGAAAUUGAACAAUAUUGCGCUUAUUACGGAUGGACGGUACUCGGGUGCUAGUCACGGAUUCAUUGUUGGUCAUAUCACGCCCGAGGCGGCGGUUGGUGGACCUAUUGGACUUGUUCAGGAUGGGGAUGUGGUUACUAUUGAUGCGAAGACGAAUUCUUUGUCGAUGGAUGUUUCGGAUGAAGAGCUUGCUGAGCGGAGAAAAUUGUGGACGCCUCCUGUGCCGCAGAUUACUCGGGGUGUGUUGGCUAAGUAUGCUCAUUUGGUUGGGGAUGCGUCGCAUGGUGCUAUGACGGAUUUGUUUUAG